CGUGGAGCCGCUGGGUGUCGCUGUGACGUGAAGGAGUGGCCCAGUUUGUGACCCGGAUAUACAAUGCUUGCUCUUCCCAUGGUUCCUUCUCUUCGACUAACGCCAUAGCGGUGAACGGAUAGCGAUUCGGGAAAUGGCGUCGCAUAAGACUUUCAGGAUCAAACGCUUCCUGGCUAAGAAGCAGAAGCAGAACAGGCCGAUCCCACAGUGGAUUAGGAUGAAAACCGGCAACAAGAUCAGGUACAACUCCAAGAGGAGACACUGGAGAAGGACCAAGCUGGGCCUGUAAACACAUGAUUUAUAUUUCAGCUUCCCCCUCUGUCUGUUCCUUGCCAGGACCACCAACUAGUCCUGAGCUGGAGAGAAGCCAUGUUAUCUGGAACAGUAGUCUCUCUUUUGUACAGAGUCUGGUUAUGUUCUUGUUGAACAAUAAAAGAUUUGUCAUCGAACCAGAA